AUGUUAGUCGAAUCAGUGGAGUGUUUAUCUAUACAGAGGGUCCUGGGGGCCCUGGUAGGACUGCUAGCAGUCGCGACUGUCGCCUUUGGCUUCUACAACAGAUUCAUCCACCCGCUACGCCGUAUAAACGGUCCCAUCCUCGCCUCCAUCACACCAUGGGUUCAACUCUACCAUGGCCUUAAGGGCGAUCGUCACCUAUGGCUGCACGAGCUGCACAGCAAGUACGGAACCCACGUCCGGGUCGCACCGAACUUCGUUUCCAUCAACUCCGACCGUGGUCUUCACGAUAUCUACGGACAUGGCAAGCGUCUCCAGAAAGCCACCUUCUACAAUGCUUUCCCAGCCAUCAAGGGCGUGUACAACACCCACAAUGCCAUCGAUAAGACAAUGCACGGCCGCAAGAGGAGAGUGCUCAGCCAGGCUUUCUCCGAAAAUGCCCUCAAGGGAAUGGAAGACGUGAUGCUGCUCCAUGUCCGCCAGCUGUGUGCGGUCUUGGCCGGCUAUGACGGGAACUUCGAAUCCCACGACCAGAAGGGAAAUGUGAAGAACAUGGGCGAUUGGUUCAGUUACCUCUCGUAUGACGUGAUGGGCGAGCUUUGCUUCGGAAAGAGUUUCGACAUGCUCAUCUCCGACAAGCUUCGAUACAAGGUUGGAUUGGUGGAUCGCGCUGCGAACCGACACUAUGUGUGCGGUCUUUGGAUGCCCUUGGACACAUGGGGUUUGGACCAAAUCUUCAUCCGCAAGCUGACUCGAGACCGUUGGAAUUUCAUCAUGAACUCGCGCGUGGAAGCCAAUGAGCGGGCCAAGGAGCGUACCCAGAUUGGUCAUGAUGCGAAGAAGGACUUCUUCUAUUACCUGCUGAACGCCAAAGAUCCGGAAACGGGCAACGGGCUCAGCACACCGGAGCUCUGGGGCGAGUCGAACGUUCUCAUGAUCGCAGGAAGUGAUACCACCUCAACCACAUUGGCCGCAACAUUGUUCUACUUGGUUCGACGCCCGGAUGCCUUGGCCAAAUUGACCGCUGAGAUCCGCGGGGCGUUCAGUGAAGUCGAAGAGAUUGUCACAAGUAGCAACCUCGGCGAGCUCGUCUACCUGAAGGCAUGCAUCGAUGAGGCUCUUCGCCUGGCGCCCGCUGUGCCCGGCGCGAUUCCCCGCGAAGUGAUGGAAGGUGGUGCGGUGGUCGAUGGCGUCUUCCUACCUGCAGGCACAGACUGUGGAACUCCAACAUACUCGAUUCACCGACAAGAGCGCUACUAUCGGGAGGCUGGGACUUUUAUGCCCGAGCGCUGGAUCGAAGAUGCCAUCUGCACAGCCGGGGGAUCGUCGUGGCAAACCACCAAAGAGAGUAUUGAGACGGCGCGACACGCGUUCUGUCCGUUCAGUAUUGGACCACGUGGGUGUAUUGGCAAAAGUAUGGCGUUUAUGGAAAUGCGGCUGACGCUGGCGCGGCUGGUCUUCCUUUUCGAUAUGUCACUGGCGGAUCGCCAAGGUGAAGAUGCGGGCGGACAUCUGGCGCUGACGGAUCACUUCACCAGCGCAAAGAAUGGGCCCAACGUCGUAUUCCGCCGGAAGUAA